AUUCCCUCCGAUGAUUGGACGAAAAAAAAAUAAUUGUGAGCUUCUCUUCGUUCUUCCGGUUAUGUAUGUUGUUGAAAAGAAAAGACGAAUGCCUGGAGAAAACAAAACACUACGAAUACGGAUAGUGAAAGAUGAGUUCUCAGCCAUUUUCUACAGCUGGAAAGCCUGCUCAGAGUAAUCCUGGUGGAAAGCCGGUCUCCAUCAAUCAGUCAUCCAAACAGCCAGCAGGACCAGGUGAGGACAGUAGUGGUGAUGUGGACCACCAUGGUCCCAAGGACCAUCCAGCCAGCAGCAGGGGAAGAGAAGAAGAAGCCCUGUCGUUCAGAGAAGACAAGCAGGAGACUGGAGUGGUCAGACCCUACCCCCAGGUCCCGGUUCAGACCCACAGCCUGCAGUCCCCGGUCCCAGCUCUGUCCCAGCAGGUGCCCAACAAGACAGGUACACCUGGUCAACCUGUCACCGUCCUCAACCCUCCUGUCCAACUACUGCAGGCCCAGCCUGCUGUCCUCGUCGACGGGCAAAUGAAGGCUGCCCUGAAAUCGCUGGUACCCAGUCGUCUCAUCGCCCCAGCUCCAGCCUCCAGCCAGGGCCAGGGGGGUCACAUCCCUCUCCCUCUGCCUCCCAAGGUGCAGCCUGCCCUGCUUGGCCACAUCACUGUCACCCUGGAGAGCCACAUCGCUCCCACCUCCUCCAUCCCAGUGGCAACCAUCAGUGGACAACAGGGCCACUCCAGUAAUCGGCAUCACCUCGUGCCAGCUAAUAUCCAGAUAAUUAGGUCUCCUUCUGUUCCUCAACACACAUUCACCUCUCACCUACCAAGAGGGGCGGUGGCUGCAGCAGUGAUGUCCAGCUGUAAAGGGCCUGCUGUUCUCAGACCAGCAUCAGGGGCCAGUGCAGGCCCCGUUCAGCACACUGUACAUCACGUCAACCACCAGUCUAACCAGUCCCGUUCCCCUGUCACCAGCUCUACAGCAGUGGUCCCCAUCUCAGCCACCCGGAACCAGUCCCCUGUCAUCAACCCAACGUUCACCCAGUCUGCAGAGGUGCUGCAUGGGCAUCCAGGGCUGACCAUCCACCCUCCUCCUGCCACCAUCAGUAUCCAACGUCCCCAGGGGGCCAGGGACACAGCCACGCGCAUCACCCUGCCCUCCCACCCUGCUAUAGGGGGGCAGAAACCCCAGCCCCCCCACACCAUGACACAGAAAUCCAUCUUCUGUUCUGGGACUCCGGUUGCUGCUGCAACGGUGGCACCUAUUCUAACCACCACCACCACUACUGGCCCAGGCACCACCACUACAGGCACUGCGCCACACACCCAGAUGACCAGCAGUACUAUCGUCACCAUGACGAUGCCCACACACUCCUCCCACGCCACAGCACUGACCACCUCUACCAUCCCAGUUGCUAAAGUGGUACCUCAGCCCAUAGCCCACACCUCCCCCCGUGUCCAGUCAGACUACCUUGGAGAGAGGACCAACCUGAUCCAGCCUAUAGCCCACACCUCCCCCCAUGUCCAAUCAGACUACCAGCCCAUAGCCCACACCUCCCCCCGUGUCCAAUCAGACUACCAGCCCAUAGCCCACGCCUCCCCCCGUGUCCAAUCAGACUACCAGCCCAUAGCCCACACCUCCCCCCGUGUCCAAUCAGACUACCCUGUAGAGAGGACCAACUUGAUCUCCAUCUCUGGCAACCGCUCCUCUCCUAACCCUGUCACCAUCGAGGCCAGGAGUGACAGGCCGCCUGUACCAGUGCACUUCCAGUACUUCCUGCCUACUUUUUCCUCUUCUCCUUACCCCCGGACACACACCUACACCCCCAUCACCAGCUCCGUGUCCACCAUCAGACAGUACCCAGUGACGCCCCAGACCCCGAGCUCUGCUCUGCCCAGCCAGCCUGCUGUGGCCGUGGCCACUACCGUUCACCUCAACCCCAUGCAGCUGAUGGCCGUGGACAGGAUUGGUCUACAGUCUGCACAAAUCAGCACCCAGGGAAUCCAGCCUCAACCAAUUGGAGCCCAGGGCAUCCAGCCUGCACCAAUGGGAGUGCAGGGGUUACAUAGCUCCGGUCCAAUCGGCAUACAGGGGAUUCAGCAGGCACCAAUCGCAGGGCAGCAGCCUGAGACCAAACCAUCUGGGAUGGUAUUGGCUGACGGCAGUACGUUUGUAGCUGCUCCUAUGGGCAGCCCGUUUGGCGCCGCACAGCCCGUUGCUACCAUGGUACAGACACACCCCCAGGGCGGAGUAGGAGGCGGAGGGCCCACUUUGGUCUCUUCCCCUCGACCCAGCAUCCUCCGCAAGAAGCCAGCCAAUGAGGGGUGUGGUGUUGGUAUGAAUCUGAUCCCGGCAGGGCCUGGUGAGGCUAACAGCAGCAGAGUGGAGGGAGGAGUGAGAGGAGCUGGACCACCUAGACCUGCAGGAGUGAAGCCUAAAGCAGAGGGUCACAUGACCAUGGUGGCUCCUCCAGUCCUAGUCAUGGCUGCAGUGGAGUCUCUACCCUCCCAGGGAGGAGUGGCGCAGCAGGCGGUCUCCUCCCCAGCCCAGGCUAUCCCCUCCAACCUGCUGGCCCCCCGUGGUCCUCCACCCCCCUCCCAGCCCAGCUCCAAUACCCACCUCUCUGCCCUGUCGGCCGCCAUGGCCGUGACACCCCCUGGCCCCGCCUCCAUGGCCAAUACUGUCGCCUCCCCCACCCAGCCCGCAGCCAGUAGCACGGCAGCAUGCAGCGGAGGUUCCGCCCACACAGAGGUCAAAAUCAAGCAGGAGGCGGAGUCUAUGGAGAUGUAUCAACCAGUGCCCCAGCCCUCGGCAAACUCAGGCCUCAUCACCCAGCCCCUCCAGGCCGGGUCCCCCCACAGAACCCCCUCCUCAGGGGACCUGGUUCCUGGUGCCUCCCCCAGGAAGAAGCCCCGCAAGCAGCAGCACGUCAUUUCCACAGAAGAGACUGAAAUGGUGGAGACCAACAGUACAGAUGAGGACAGGGCUAUGGGCCACAGGCCCCUGGGCAGCAGGGCUAAGAGGAGAGAGUCCCCUCCCAGAGAGUAUGUGGAUGAGGAAGGGGUUCGUUACGUUCCUGUCAGGCCGCGCACACCUGUCACUCUGCUGCGUCACUAUAGGAACCCCUGGAAGGCAGCCUAUCACCACUUCCAGAGGUACAGCGACAUCCGGAUCAAAGAGGAGAAGGAGUCGUUACAGGAAGUGGCCAAUCAGAGAGGAGUAGCACGGCGAGCUCAGGGAUGGAAGAUGCACUUGUGUGUUGCUCAGCUCAUGCAGUUGUCAAACCUGGAGCAUGAUGUGUAUAGCAGACUGACUUCCCUUCAGGAGGGGCUAAUCCCUAAGAAGAGGGCCGGGGUCGACGACGAGCUGCACCGCAUUAACGAGCUCAUACAGGGUAACAUGCAGCGCUGUAAGCUAGUGAUGGACCAGGUUACAGAGGCCCGGGACACUAUGAUGAAGGUUCUGGACCACAAAGACAAGGUCCUGAAGCUGCUCAACCAGAACGGAGCUGUCAAAAAGUCGAACAAACUGAAACGUAAGGAUCGGACCUAGCCUGGGCUUCCUGUUCCGUCACCAACGUCAUGGAUCUGUUGGUUACAGCGAUGUGUUUUAAAACGGUUUUGCAACGGAAGAAGAAAAUGUAAACGUUUCUCAGUGGAUAAGUCAAGGGGGUAUUCCCUCCCUGUUUUGUGUUUGUUUUGUUGUUGCUGCUUACGUGCCUAAUGAACACGACCCACCUCUGCCCUGCCCGAACGGGAGGACAGGGUGGAAGAGCUGCUGGGAGCUAGAGGUGGAACUGUUGGUACUAUGACAGCUACUCACCCACACCCUCUUAUCUCUGUCUGAGCACAGAAGCUGGGUGGACAACAUAAUAACUAGAACCCUCCUGUUGCUUCAGUCAGAGCUCACUGUCUGGAGGGAAUCCCUCUAGGAAUAUGUUCUCACUGAAGAAGACUCAACACUCUGUCUUCCAAAUGGCACCCUAUUCCCUAUAUAGUGCACUACUUUAGACUAGAGCCCUAUGGAACCCUAUAUAGUGCACUACUAUUGACUAGAGCCCUAUGGAACCCUAUAUAGUGCACUACUAUUGACUAGAGCCCUAUGGAACCCUAUAACCCUACGUAGUGCACUACUUUAGACCAGAGCCCUAUGGAACCCUAUAUAGUGCACUACUAUUGACUAGAGCCCUAUGGAACCCUAUACCCUACGUAGUGCACUACUUUAGACCAGAGCCCUAUGGAACCCUAUUCCCUAUAUAUAGUGCACUACUUUAGACCAGAGCCCUAUGGAACCCUAUUCCCUAUAUAUAGUGCACUACUUUUGACCAGAGCCCUAUGGAACCCUAUUCCCUAUAUAUAGUGCACUACUUUUGACUAGAGCCCUAUGGAACCCUAUUCCCUAUAUAUAGUGCACUACUUUAGACCAGAGCACUAUGGAACCAUAUUCCCUAUACACACACUACUUUAGACCAGAGCACUAUGGAUCCCUAUUCCCUAUACACACACUACUUUAGACCAGAGCACUAUGGGACCCUAUUCCCUAUAUAGUGCACUACUAUUGACUAGAGCCCUAUGGAACCCUAUACCCUAUGUAGUGCACUACUUUUGACUAGAGCCCUAUGUGUCCUGAACAAAAGUAGUGCACUACGUAGGGAAUAGGAUGCCAUUUGGAAGACACCACUGCCUGAAGGGCCCCUUCUUUUUUUGUUGAACUUUUUUUUUUACAGAGCUCAGGUCUAUCGGUUCUCCUAUUUUACAGUUUAUUUUGGUAUCAAGUUACUUCUUGUCAAAAAAAAAGCAGAGGUUGAACAGAACCUUAAGCACUUACAAACUUCAAACACGUUGUACGAAUUGGUAACAUCAUCAUAUGAAAGGGGGGAAAAACAAGUCUGUAACACAUCGUAUGUAGUAGAUGACUUUGUUUCAACAAUGUCUCGCUUUGGGGCGUUACUUUCACAACUACUGGCAGAAAUCAAAUCUUUAUGACUCAUCUUUAAAAUAUGCUAUAUUUAUUUACAACUUCCUGUUUUGUUUCCAUUUUCAGCAUUUAUAUUGUCUUACCUGUGUGAUAAACAAUGUGGUGCCAAAUGCCCAUUUUUGUUUCAAUAUUUUGUAUAUUUCUUAUAUUGGAAGAUGGGGCACCCUCAACAGACUUAAUUGUACUGUAUGUGCAGAACUUUAACGAUGAUGAAAAUAUUGGCGGAGUGUUUAUUGUUUUCAGAUAUUUAAUUGAUAAUGAAUGAGACAGUCUGUAUAAUAGAGAGAUUUACAUGCAGAGAUGUUUUGAAAUGGCUGACGAGCAUUGUGGGUAAUGUAUUGAAAUGGCUAAUGAGCAUAGUGGGUAAUGUAUUGAAAUGGCUGACUAGCAUUGUGGGUAAUGUUUUGAAAUGGCUGACGAGCAUUGUGGGUAAUGUUUUGAAAUGUCUGACGAGCAUUGUGGGUAAUGUUUUGAAAUGGCUGACGAGCAUUGUGGGUAAUGUUUUGAAAUGUCUGACUAGCAUUGUGGGUAAUGUUUUGAAAUGGCUGAUGAGCAUUGUGGGUAAUGUUUUGAAAUGGCUGACUAGCAUAGUGGGUAAUGUUUUGAAAUGGCUGACGAGCAUUGUGGGUAAUGUUUUGAAAUGGCUGACGAGCAUAGUGGGUAAUGUUUUGAAAUGGCUGACUAGCAUAGUGGGUAAUGUUUUGAAAUGGCUGACGAGCAUUGUGGGUAAUGUUUUGAAAUGGCUGACUAGCAUAGUGGGUAAUGUUUUGAAAUGGCUGACUAGCAUAGUGGGUAAUGUUUUGAAAUGGCUGACGAGCAUUGUGGGUAAUGUUUUGAAAUGGCUGACGAGCAUUGUGGGUAAUGUAUUGAAAUGGCUAACGAGCAUAGUGGGUAAUGUAUUGAAAUGUCUGACUAGCAUUGUGGGUAAUGUUUUGAAAUGGCUGACGAUCAUUGUGGGUAAUGUUUUGAAAUGGCUGACGAGCAUUGUGGGUAAUGUUUUGAAAUGGCUGACGAGCAUAGUGGGUAAUGUUUUUGAAAUGACUAACGAGCAUAGUGGGUAAUGUUUUGAAAUGGCUGACUAGCAUAGUGGGUAAUGUUUUGAAAUGGCUGACGAGCAUUGUGGGUAAUGUUUUGAAAUGGCUGACGAGCAUAGUGGGUAAUGUUUUGAAAUGGCUGACUAGCAUAGUGGGUAAUGUUUUGAAAUGGCUGACGAGCAUUGUGGGUAAUGUUUUGAAAUGGCUGACGAGCAUAGUGGGUAAUGUUUUGAAAUGGCUGACUAGCAUAGUGGGUAAUGUUUUGAAAUGGCUGACGAGCAUUGUGAGUAAUGUUUUGAAAUGGCUGACGAGCAUUGUGGGUAAUGUAUUGAAAUGGCUAACGAGCAUAGUGGGUAAUGUAUUGAAAUGUCUGACUAGCAUUGUGGGUAAUGUUUUGAAAUGGCUGACGAUCAUUGUGGGUAAUGUUUUGAAAUGGCUGACGAGCAUUGUGGGUAAUGUUUUGAAAUGGCUGACGAGCAUAGUGGGUAAUGUUUUUGAAAUGACUAACGAGCAUAGUGGGUAAUGUUUUGAAAUGGCUGACUAGCAUAGUGGGUAAUGUUUUUGAAAUGGCUAACGAGCAUAGUGGGUAAUGUUUUGAAAUGGCUGACUAGCAUUGUGGGUAAUGUUUUGAAAUGGCUGACGAUCAUUGUGGGUAAUGUUUUGAAAUGGCUGACGAGCAUUGUGGGUAAUGUUUUGAAAUGGCUGACGAGCAUAGUGGGUAAUGUUUUUGAAAUGGCUAACGAGCAUAGUGGGUAAUGUUUUGAAAUGGCUGACUAGCAUAGUGGGUAAUGUUUUUGAAAUGGCUGACUAGCAUAGUGGGUAAUGUUUUGAAAUGGCGGACUAGCAUAGUGGGUAAUGUUUUUGAAAUGGCUAACGAGCAUAGUGGGUAAUGUUUUGAAAUGGCUGACUAGCAUAGUGGGUAAUGUUUUUGAAAUGGCUAACGAGCAUAGUGGGUAAUGUUUAAUGGUGUGAUUGAUGACCGUACAUUAUGCGUUUGGUUUUAGAAGGAAGUAUUGUGUUUGUCGUGUAACUAGAAUGCCAGGAACUGAUUUCUGUUCAAAAUAUAAGACGUUGAAUAUGAAAGUGUUUUACUUUACGUUUUUUUUCCAUUGUCUUUUGAAUUUUUUUUGCUAAUUUUGGGGGGUUUUGUACUUCAUAAAAACAUGUUGUGAUUCUUUUUUCAGAUGCUAUGAUCAGACACUGGGCCUGAAAAUUCAGCUAUUGUACAUGGGGUUCUCUGUUAUUCUAGUAAAACUACUUCAAGGAAA